ACCGCAGUUAGGAGUGCAAACUUUGGAGCCAGCCAGACCUGGGUUCAGAUGACACUGCCAUGUAGCAGCUGUGCAUGCUUCGGCAGUGUGAAGAGGUCUGGAGACGUGAGGGAAGUCCCUGUUGUUUCGACCUCCUGGACAAAUCUCCUUGGUCCAGAAAGCAUCCGUGAAGGACUCAAGACCAAGACCAGAGAGCCUGUCUCCCACAAUCAAGGACUGUGCUGAAGCCUAGGAGCCCCAGCUGUUAACAUCUGUAUCCAGGAUCAUGUCUGCUAACAAAGGCUGGUGGGUGCCGACUGAGGAUGAGGACAGUGUAUCUGAGAGGUUCCUGAGGAAGACCCGGGAGUCUCCACUGGUGCCUAUAGGUUUAGGAGGCUGCCUGGUGGUGGCAGCAUACAGGAUUUACCGGCUGAAGGCUCGUGGUUCCACGAAGAUGUCCAUACAUCUGAUUCACACCCGACUGGCAGCACAGACCUGUGCUGUGGGUGCAAUCAUGCUAGGAGCUGUGUACACCAUGUACAGAGAUUACAUCAAGAGGACAGUACAGGAUACUGGAGAGAAGUAGGACUCCUAGAGGGGCUGGGGAAGCCCCCCCAACUCAAUCCCUGGUAUGUUAAUAAAGUCGUUCUGA